GAAGAAGGGGACAACAUGAGAGCAUUCAAGGAAUUCCACCUUCUACAUCUUUUCCUCCUCAUAAUUCUCAUUUUCUGCUCAGCAACUUCUUGUGCUGAAGAUGCUCUGACAAGAACCUGUGGCCAAAUCCCAAUUCAAGAACCAUUUUCUAUUCAAACUCACAAUCUGUCAAUCCCAUUAAAUCACAUGCUUCUCUGCAAAUAUCAGAAGCUGUACUACAGAACCUCACUAGGCCUUUUUCCAAUAUCCUCCAUUAAUUACACAACCAAAGUUUUUACCAUUUCUCACCCUUCUUGUUCUCACUCACUUCAUUAUGUCUCUCCUUUGCUUCUCUCAGCUGGUUUUCCCACACCCCCACAACCCAAUUCACUCCUCCUUUUCAACUGCUCAAACGGUAAAAAAAACCUUUCACCGUUUAUCAGGAACCACACUUGUUCACAAACAUGUCGACCUUCUCCGAAAAUUCGAGUAAAAGAAGUUGAGGAGGGAUUUUCUGCUAAUUGCUUACUUAUUGAUCACGUUGAAAAGCUUGACAUGAGUUUUCAUCCAAGAGACUUGAAUUGCUCACACUACAGGAGAUUCUACAGGGUCGAAUCCUCGGAUGAUGACGGCGAAUUCGAAGGAUUCGAAUUGGGGACAAGGAUUUCUUUCGACAUUCCUGAUCAUGCGCCGAAUGUCUGCAGCGAGUGUGAAAAGCCUAAUGGAAAUUGUGGCGUUGGGUUGAGGUGCAUAUGCCACGCAAAAGAGUGUAAAGACAAGGUAGUCUCAAAGGGUGGAUCAAUAAAUGGUUUUGGAACAUGCCGGGUAAAAAAUCGCCAUCUUUCCAAUAAUUGAGAGCCCUGAAGCGACACAACACCACAUUUUGAUGGACAACAUCCUCCGAUUCUGACAAUUCCUUGAAAAUUUAAUAACUUUUGAGCACCACUAUGUGUCUCGAUAGGGAUUUAUCCCCAUCAUACACAAUUACAAAGAUGGGUUCCACUUGUGGGGUUUACGUAGAUCCUACCAUGUGAGG